UAUAACUUCUUUGAAACGGAGCAGACAAUAAAGAAAACGGAUGGUGGCUUUGGACCAGCGCAUAAACUAUCCUCGGCGAUCGGCAGCCUAAGGCCACAACGCUCCCUAAACAGGAAAUAUACGCCGCCAAUUUUCGGCUCUCUAGACAGCGAAAUUUAAUCACGGUUUACUUGGGCUGCUCUUGAAAUUAUCAUCACCCACACUAUCGAAUUUAUCAGCUACGGUCUAAGUUCCCUUCCACGCACAUGGACAAUACGGAAAUCCUAGUGCACGUCUCCGCUCGCAGUGGCGCUGUCGACGACGCUCGUUAUCGCGCUCAAGUUGAGGCUAUUUUGAACUUCCAGGCUCACUCACGUGAGGUCAUCUCGCUCGACCCUCAAUUUCUACAAUCCCAUUAUGAUUACACGGCGAGCACCUUAUUAGACGAGGAUUCUGUUCGUGGGCCUGCUCCUACUGCCACUGUCACUGUCACGCCCCGCAUCCCACCACCAACCCCCGACUUCUUCUCCUCUUCAUCAUCAUCACAUAAGCGGAAAUCCCCGUCGCAAGAUCCACUACCGCGCCUGCAGCACGAUGAGGACUCCCUCGAUAGUCCCGUCAGUGUCAUUCCAGAUUCCCAACCUCUACUCUCCACGCAUGGCUCUGAGACCCCCCAUUCUCUAUCAUUUCAUCCGCCUUCAUCUAAACGCCCGCGAGUGGGUUCGCCGCUGCCCAUCGAUCCAGCAAUCCGUAGCACCUCACCGGCCCGAUCUGAUGAGGUCCAACAUCACAGCACAGGAGAUCAUCAUCAUCAUCCUGACCUGGUUCUUUCUACCCCUGACGCAGUACCAGAGGAGCAAGAGCAAGAGCAGGAGCAGGAGCAAGAGCAAGCACAGGAACAGGAACAGGAACAGAAACGGGAGCCGGACCCAAAUGCCCUCCUCACCCAUGACUCCUCUCUCCCUCCCCCCAUCACCAUAGCAGAAGAACAAAAAGAGAAAGAGAAAGAGAAAGAGCAAGAGCAAGAUCACCCAACAUGCUCUCCCCUCCCGUCUCUCCCCCUACAGAUCAAACCCGCUCUACCCCCCGUCUCCUCAACUCCCUUCGUAACCCACAUCACACCCACCCUGGAAAUGCUAACCAAGCGCCUCAAGUCCCCACGAACAUACAACCCAACCAAGCAAACCAGAGCCCUCGACCGCCUUGAACGAGGAUACUGGUAUCUCCCCAUUAAUUUGAUCGUCCUCCCCCCAUCACCACAGCGGAAAGCGAAAGGGCUAGACAAAGAUGCUGUAGAGGUAGCGGAGGAUCCCAGAAACUGGGACACGCCUUUCUUCCUCACGCGCUUCUGGUCCUUCUUGUCCGAUUUCAUUGCGAAGGAAGGACGUGCUGGAUGGGGGGUGUGGUGUCUUCUCGAUAAGAGAGAGCCAGAGCCAGAGCCACAGCCACAGCCGGAGUCUGAGUCUGAGUCGUCUCCACGCGCUCGUGCUUCGCUACCUCAAGACGCAGCAGGGAUAUCACUGCUCCCUGUGGCAUUGAAGGUUUACGCGUGGGGGGAGAUCGCAUCUCAUAUCUACCUACUCUUGCUUCUUGCGAGCGAACGACGGAUUCGCAAAAUGGGGGCUCACUGGCGAGAUUCUCGGGAUGAGGUGGUUAUUGAAAUGCCAUAAUAUAUAUAUAUAUAUAUAUAUAGAUAGAUAGAUAGAUAGAUAAUUAACGAGACAUAAUAAAAUAUUUACUUUGCC